UGAACGAAAGUCAAAAUGGAUUUCUGGGUUAAUUUUGGAUUGAUAUUGGGGUUUCUAUUCGUGGUGUUGUUCUUGGCUGAUCUAAUAGACAAGCAAGGUCGUCUGUUUCGUUCAAUGAAAAAGUUUCCGGGACCCCCGGUGCGUCCAAUCAUUGGCAGUGUGGAGGAGGUUAUGUUCUUGAAUCAAGCAACGACCUUCGAGUGGACACGCCGCUGGGCAAAGCGCUACCAAGCUUCGUACCGAUUCUGGCUGAACAGCUCAAUCUGCGUACUGAACGUAAUCCGCGUUCGCGAAGCAGAGCCACUGCUGUCCAGCACGAAGAACAUCAACAAGAGCCGAUUCUACCAGUUUCUGCACCCUCUGCUGGGGCUGGGUCUGCUGAACAGCGGCGGGUCAAAGUGGUCGCAUCGAAGACGCAUUUUGACGCCGACGUUCCACUUUAACAUUCUCAACGGCUUCCACCGGACGUUCGUCGAGGAGUGUGAGCUGCUGGUGGGCACGCUCGAUGAGCACGCUGCUUCGGGGCGGGCCACCGCGCUUCAGCCGGUAAUGUCACGCUUCACGCUGAGUACGAUUUGCGAAACUUCGAUGGGCGUUAAGAUGGCUUCGAUGGCAGGGGCUGAUGAGUACCACAAGAAGUUGUACGAAAUUGGCGAAAUACUUGUUCAUCGGCUGAUGCGACCCUGGCUGAUCAGUGAUUUCGUCUGCAAGAUCACCGGUUACCAAGCCGUCUUGCGGAAGCUACUGCUUCCGGUGCAUGCCUUCACGACUGGAAUCAUCAACAAGCGACGAGAGCUUUUCCAAAGGAACCCGGAAACCUUCGAUGAUCUGACAGCUGAAGAGAAUGUUAAGUACCAUACUGAGUACUUCCAACUGGAUUCGCUGCUUCGAGCCGAGCAGGACCAGAUGAUCGACGCCGGCGGAGUCCGCGAAGAGGUCGACACGUUUACCUUCGAAGGGCACGACACUACGGCGUCGGCGCUGGUGUUCAUCUUCUUCCAGCUGGCCCGCGAACGCGCCGUUCAGGAGAGCAUCUUCAACGAAAUCUACGCCCUGUACGACCGGAAACCGCAAGCGGACAAGUCGUUCCGACCGCAGGACUACGCCGAGCUAAAGUUGCUGGAUCGUGCGCUGAAGGAGUGCCUCCGGCUGUGGCCACCGGUUACGUUCAUCUCUCGAGCCAUCACGGAAGAUAUUGUACUGGCAGACGGAGCGCUGAUGCCAGCAGGUUGCGUAGCAAACGUGCAAAUCUUCGACCUGCACCGAGAUCCGGAGCAAUUCCCCGAUCCCGAGCGAUUCGACCCGGAUAGGUUUCUGCCGGAAAGCGUGGACAAACGGAAUCCGUACGCUUACGUGCCGUUUAGCGCUGGACCGCGGAACUGCAUUGGACAAAAGUACGCAAUGAUGGAGCUGAAGGUAGUCGAUGUGCAUACGCUGCUGCGGUUCCGGGUUCUGCCUGUUACGCGACUUGAGGAUAUUAAUUUCGUGGCGGAUUUGGUGCUAAGGAGUACCAAUGUCAUUGAAGUGCGAUUUGAAAGGAGGUAA